AUGCAGUCUUACACGACGGAGCGGAAACAGGACAGGUAUGGAAUUGAAACUCGUGGUAUCGCACCGGUGCCUGCAGAUGAACGUCUCGACACUCGAUGGUACCAGUUAUUUUUCAUCUGGUUCUCCCCUUGCAUGAACAUCCUGGGAUUCAGCAGUGGAGCCGCUGGCCCUGCAUUCUUUUCCCUGGGAGUUCGCGACUCCAUAGCUAUCAUCGUCACUGUUGACCUGGUGAUUCUUGGACCUCAUAAUGCGCUAGUGCUGUUUUCGGGCCAAAGCUUGGCAUGCGAGCUAUGGUAUUUUGGUGCCAUCAUACCGGCCAUUCUGAAUGUUUUCUCCUUGGAAGGCUUCCUUAUUCUGAACUGCAUUAUUGGCGGACAAACGAUAGCUAGCUUGUCUUCUCAGCUUGAUGAUACUCUUGGUAUCGUCAUCCUCGGUAUCAUAUCUCUUGUGAUUUUAAGGUCACUUUCUGUGGAUACCGCGUCAUCCAUUGGUGGGAACAUUUCAACGCCAGUCAUCCAGAAUAUGAGCGAAUGUUUGAUUCAUAGGUACGAAAGCGUCGCCUGGAUCCCGAAUGUGAUUGCUUUUAUCGCCAUGUUGGCUGUCGGUUAUCCACAACUACGCGAAAACCUAUCGGCUCCCGUCCCUCCAGCAACACCUGCUAAUAUCAUGUCUUUUGCGUCCUUUCUCGCAUCUAACAUUAUUGGCUGGUGUCCCAUGAUCCCUGAUUAUGGCGUAUACCAUAGCCCCGAUGCUUCUUCUGCGAGAAUUUUUAUUUACACAUAUCUCGGGUUCUUCGUAUCUAAUGUGACUGGUCAGGUUCUGGGUGCCGCAUUCGCAGCAGCAGCUCCGAGUGUGCCUGCUUGGAACGUAGGAUUUGAUAACAGCUCUUCUGUCGGUGGUUUGCUCCACAGCGUCUUGCUACCUACAGGCGCAUUUGGAAAAAUCCUAACUGCUUUGGUCGCUCUCAGCAUCUCCAGUGCCUGUGCACUACCGAUAUAUACGUUCAGCAACAGUUUCAUGGCUAUUGCUACCUGGUUUGCUGCGGUGCCUAGAUGGGUAUAUAUCCUCCUGUCAGAGGGAAUCCUCAUACCAGUGGCCAUUAUUGGCGCCAAAAGGUUCUAUGCUACCUUUGUCGACGUCCUUAACAUCAUUGGAUAUUGGUCAUCAAUAUUCUCUGCGAUAAUACUCACAGAGCAUAUGUUAUUCCGACGAGCAUCAUUUUCCGAGGACCAAUACCCCAUUACGAUUUGGGCUUCAUACGCUCUCUUGCCUAGCGGUAUCCCCGCGGUAGUGGCCUUCGUGUGUGCAUGUGGAGCUCUUGUUCCAUUCAUGUCACAAGCUUGGUAUGUAGGACCAGUAGCGAGGCAGGGCAGUGGAGAUGUUGGUGUGUUCGUAGGGUUUGUGGUAGGAGUUAUUACCUAUGCGUUGGCGAGGAGGUUCGAGCAAAUGUUGCACAAGAAGAUGGGUAAAUCAGAUCCUUACUAGGACUUAUCAACGUGU